AUGGGCGGCGUCGCGGUGGUCACCCUUGCGACAUGGCUCCUCGUGCGAAGUCUGCAACGGCCGUCCGAGCCUCUUCCGCCAGGACCCCCCAAGCGCCCAAUCAUCGGCAACAUCCUGCUCAUGGAUCCAGAGAAGGGCUGGGAGACCUUCCAUCAAUGGAGCAAAGAGCUGAACUGUCCCCUUGUCUCCCUCACCGGACUCGGGAAGACCAUCAUCAUCACCAACUCUCUCGACUCCGCAAAAACCAUCCUCGAGCGCUCCCUGGCCUCCGACCGCCCGCAGCUCAUGACCAUGAACGAGCUCGUUGGGUGGAAGAAUUCGCUCAUUUUCAGCCCGUUCAACGACGUGUGGAAGCGCCAGCGCCGCCUCUUCCACCAAGUCAUCGGGACGCGGUCGAGCCUGACGAAGUACGACGCGAUGAAGGAAAUUGUGGCGGCGAAGUUCGUCGCCAAUCUGAUGGAGGAGCCGGGGAAAUUGGAGGAGCAUUGCCAUACCUUCGCUGGCGACCUGAUCCUCCGUGUCACCUACGGGUACGUGUCAAAGGGCUACGACCCGAUGAUCAAGAUGGCCGAGGAGAUCACCGACGCCGCUUCGGAAUUUGGCGCACCGGGAAAGUGGCUGGUCGAUAUAUUUCCUCUCCUGCGCUACGUCCCGGACUGGUUCCCUGGCACCGGGUGGAAGCAGGCCGUCAAGGAGCAGCAUGACAACGUGCAAAAGCUCAUGAAUACGCCGUAUGAGUGGGUAAAGAAAGAGAUCGACGAGGGCAGAGCGGGGCCGUCCUUUGCGUCGGAGCUGCUCUCGGAGAGGAAUAUAUCGGAAGAGGAGCUGUUCGCGAUUAAGUCAGCCGGCUCACUCUUCGCAGGUGGCGCGCAUACAACCGUCUGGGCCGCCUAUGCUUUCAUGAAGAUGAUCUGCCUCCACCCCGAAAUCCAGGACCGCGCCCAAACCGAGAUUGACAGUGUCGUCGGCAGCGACCGCCUUCCGCUCGUCAAUGACAUGGACAGCUGCCCGUACACUUGGGCGUGCUGCCUAGAAGCGCUGAGGUGGAAUGUGUUAUUGCCUUUGGCCGUACCCCAUCUAGCGAUGGACGACAGUUCUUACGAGGGGUAUCUUAUUCCGAAGGGUACGAUUAUUAUCUCGAAUCUUUGGGCCAUCGCGAGGGAUGAGAGCGUCUACCCUGACCCAUACACAAUCAAGCCCGAACGGUACUUGGGUGCAAAUCCUCAGCGAAGCCCGCAGGACUGGGUCUUCGGAUUCGGUCGUCGUGCUUGUCCUGGUCGUUUGAUGGCGCUAGAGUCCAUGUUCACCGUCUGCGCGACUACGCUCGCAACAAUGCGCAUCUCGCAGAAGGUCAGGGACGGUAUCCCGGUGCCCAUCGACACGACGCAGACGGCGGGGCUAGCGAGCCGCCCAACGCCGUUCGAGUACGAGAUCAAGCCCAGGAGCGAGCAAGCGAAGUCGCUGGUGUACGAUGCCGUCCUAGCCCAAUAACGAUUUGACUUCAAUGCAUCUCGCGCCAUUGACAAUGAUACUGCCCGGCAUGACAAGCGACUGGAUGACCGGCGGCCGCUGAGCUAGCUGUCGUUGCUUGCUCCGUCACAAGCGGUGACCUGUCCUCGACUUGGAAGUAUCUGACGGAUCCAAUGCAAUUCAAUCUUUAUUCUGGCG